AUGGUGGCAAACAAGCUGCAUUAUAGGCAUUUAAUGCUUUUCUUUUUCCGGAAAGGUAAAAAUGCCACACAAACGGCAAACGAGAUAUGCGAAGUUUAUGGUGAAGGUGCUGUAGCCGAAAGAACUGUGCGGAAAUGGUUUGCUCGGUUUAAGAUUGGAGAUUUUGAGCUUGAAGAUCAAGAACGCUCGGGUAGGCCGUCCACCACGGACAAAAAUGUGAUAAAAUCGAUAAUCGAGGAUAACCCGCGCUUUACCUUACGUCAACUAGCAGACAUGAUGAACAAAUCGAAAUCAAGUAUCCACGAGCAUAUUACGAAGCUCGGUUACAUAAAUCGGUAUGAUGUAUGGGUUCCCCACGAUCUGACGGAGAAGAAUCUUACGGAUCGCAUUUCCAUUUGCGAUUCUCUGUACAAACGGAAUGAGGAGACGCCAUUUCUCACGCAAUUAAUAACGGGGGAUGAAAAGUGGAUAGUGUAUCAAAAUGUUGAACGCAAAAGGUCUUGGACAAAGCGUGAUAACCCACCCUUAACCUCCCCAAAAGCCGGACUUCAUCCGAAGAAGGUGAUGCUCAGUGUCUGGUGGGAUUGCAAAGGAAUUUUGUAUUAUGAGCUUCUACCAAAUAAUGCAACAAUCAAUUCCGAGAGGUAUUGCGAUCAAUUAGACAAAUUAAAGACAGCAAUUGAAGAAAAACGGCCCGCAAUCGCAAAUCGGCACGAACUUUCCGGACAACCCAAUAUUUUUGAAACCGAACUCAGCGUUUCAAUCAUUUUUCUACCUCGUCUUACAACAGGGUCCUGGAUUAAAAUUUGCGGCAAAGUUUUUCGGGUCUUACGAAAUUACAAAAGUGUUAAGAAAUGA